AUGGCGAACAACUACCUCCACCUCGCCCGCCCCCUCGCGCCCGCCACCGUCUCUUCCCAAUCCCUCUCCACCGCGCCCGUAGCCGUCACCAUCCAACCCCAAGCCCUGUUCAGCAUCCUCGACCACGCCUCGCGCCGCCCCGCAGACCAAGACCGCGUAAUCGGCACCCUCCUCGGCGUGCGCAGCGAAGAUGGCACCGAAGUGGAAAUCCGCAACUGCUACGCCGUCCCGCACACCGAGACGACGGAGCAGGUCGAGGUCGACAUGGACUACCAGAAGCAGAUGUUGGCGCUGCACCUGCGCUCCGCGCCGAAAGAGGUGCUCGUCGGGUGGUAUGCGACGAGCAGGGAGCUGAAUACCUUUAGCGCGCUCAUUCAGAACUUUUAUGGGCAGCAGGGCGAGGGCACGUGGCCGUUUCCUGCUGUGCAUCUCACCGCGAGCACCACCGCGGGCCAGGAUGUGCAGGUGGACACGUACAUCAGCGCGCCGAUUGGUGUGACGGCUGAGCGGGCGGCGGACAGCUGUGUCUUCAUUCCUGUGCCGCAUGAGAUCAAGUAUGGCGACGCGGAGAAGAGCGGGCUGGAGUUGAUUGCAGGCGCGAGAGAUCGGGAAGACCGAUCGCAACUGAUUCCAUCGGAUGUCGAGACGCUGGAGCGCGCUGUCGAGUCAGUGUUGGAAAUGCUGGAGCGGGUGUCAAACUACGUGUCGAAUGUGUUGGACGAGGAGGCCGAGCCGUCUUCCGCGCUCGGGCAGUAUCUGAUGAACACACUGAGUCUGGCGCCCAAGGUGCAGCCCGAGGAGAUUGAGAAGGACUUCAACAAUCACAUCCAGGACGUCUUGCUGGUGUCGUAUCUGGCCAACACCAUUCGCACGCAAAUCGAUCUUUCGAAUCGUCUGGCUACCGCGACAUUGACGAUGGGCGGUGGAGAGGGAACAUCGAACACGACUGGUGGGGAGCAGAAGCCGCGGAGAGAUGGGCAGCAGCAGCAAAGGUCAGGCGGGCAAAGAUCAUGA